CUGAGGCUGCCCGGGGCCGGGGUCAGCGCGCACCAGUCCGAGACCCCGCAGCUCCGCCCCAACACUGAUCCAUGCGGAGGAGAAGCACCCGUGGGUGAGGAGUGAGCUUCUGUGUCCGGGAAGCCUCCUCGGGGGGCCAUGGGGGGACAGGUGAGGCUGCCGCCCGGAGAGCCCUGCCGAGAAGGCUACGUGCUGUCUCUGAUCUGUCCGAAUGCCUCCCAGGCUUGGUGUGAGAUCAUACGUGUGUCACAGCUGUUGGCUUCUCCUGUCCUCUACAGGGACCUGAAUUCCAGCAUAACCAACUGGAGCAUUUCUGCAAAUGCAGAGAACAAAUACAGUCUUUAUGUAGGCCUGGUACUGGCAAUAAGUUCCAGUAUUUUUAUUGGCUCCAGUUUCAUCUUGAAAAAAAAGGGCCUCUUACAACUGGCCAGCAAGGGCGUUACUAGAGCUGGACAAGGUGGAUAUUCUUACCUCAAGGAAUGGCUCUGGUGGGCAGGAUUACUCUCAAUGGGAGCAGGCGAGGCUGCGAAUUUUGCAGCUUAUGCUUUUGCACCUGCCACCUUGGUCACCCCACUGGGCGCUCUGAGUGUUCUCAUAAGUGCACUGUUGUCUUCCUAUUUUUUAAAUGAGCACUUGAACAUUCAUGGGAAAAUAGGCUGCAUAUUAAGUAUAUUGGGGUCAACUGUGAUGGUUAUCCAUGCCCCACAAGAAGAGGAAGUCGCUUCUCUGCAUGAAAUGGAAAUGAAAUUGAGAGACCCAGGAUUUAUCUCCUUUGCUGUGAUCAUAACUGUGAUCUCCUUGGUGCUGAUUUUGAUUGUAGCUCCCAAGAAAGGACAGACCAAUAUAUUGGUCUACAUUUCAAUCUGUUCAUUGAUUGGAGCAUUUUCAGUUUCUUCUGUCAAGGGCCUGGGAAUUGCCAUUAAGGAACUACUGGAAUGGAAGCCCAUUUAUAAGCAUCCCCUGGUCUUUGUUUUGCUGGCUGUACUCGUGCUUUCAGUGACAACACAGAUUAACUAUCUCAACAAGGCACUGGACACCUUUAAUACAUCUCUUGUGACUCCCAUUUAUUAUGUGUUCUUCACGUCCAUGGUAGUAACUUGCUCCACCAUCUUAUUCCAAGAAUGGUAUGGCAUGAAUGCUGGAGAUAUCAUCGGGACUUUGAGUGGGUUCUUCACCAUUAUCAAUGGCAUCUUCCUUCUACAUGCUUUUAAAAACACUGACAUUACCUGGAGUGAUCUGACAUCCACUACUCAGAAAGAAGUCCUCUCUCUGAAUGGCAAUGAAGACAAAUACGUCUUACUAGAGAAUGUAGAAUGUUCAGCCCCAGGAUUUGAUGAUGACAUUACCUUGUUUAGCAGGACUGAUGAUCAAAGUCCCUAGAAACCCUGAACUUUAACCGCUAAGAGACACUUGGAGAGAAGAAGGAAUACCUGAUUCUUGGAACAACUAUUAGGAAAGCUGGCAUUUUUAAAGUUCUAACUAAUAAUUUAGACAUGAGCCCAAAUAAAAAAGCCUUUAUUUUUGGCCAUCAAACUUGAAAAUCAAAGUUUUGAUCCUCCUCCAGAAGGCUUCUGCUGUUUUUCAUUUCUGCAAACUUGAAAUAUUCCCUAAGCAUGAAAGAAGUCAAAGAGUUAGAUAACUCAGAAUAAUCUCUUUCUUCUGGUCACAAUAUGUUUGGCUCUGCCAGGUGGCUCUUCAUUUCUUUGGCUGCUAUUCUUAGUCUCUCAGUAAUUCAUAGGUAAACACAACUGUGUGCUGGUAAGCAGAAUAUCAGUCACCAUUCUCUAAUGAGUCAUAGUUUCAAAUUAUUAAAACUGAGAAGCGAGAUCACUGAUGCCUCCCACCUUCUACAACUUCCUUCUUUCUAAACUAGGUAGCUAAAGGGUAGAGUGUUUAAGAAAAAAAUAGACAUGUUGGAAAUCUGCUGCUUGGUGGGCUAGAAUGUGUAAGACACACAUGCCCAUGAAGGGCUUAUAAAUUGUAACUUAUUGAGGAGUUUGAGGAGAAUAGGAAGGCGAGUUAACUUCUUAGAAAACUCAGGGAAUACUACAGGAAAAUACCUUUUCAUAUUAAAGCCUACAUAAAAUUUUCCUAUCUCACUCCAGGUGCAUGGCAGGAGUAACAUUUUUGGUGGUCUCUACCGUUUAUGGAUAGAUUAAUCCAUUAAUCUUUUCUCAUUGAUUUAAUGGAAAAGAAAUUAGCUAUCUUCUUUCUAGACUAACUUAUUUCUCGCAAAAAAAAUC